AUGAACAGCGCAGUGGUAUCCUUUAAAGUAUCUUCUCCUCUAACUGGAAGCUUUCUGUCAAACACCCAAGGGAUUAUAACAUUCGCGCAUCCUUCAGUGUAUGAAAGUGUAGCAAACUGCAUAGGCAAACGCGACGUGGUGUUUGUUCUCAAAUAUUUCAGUUCCUCUUUUAUAAUGGAGAAAAUUAGUUUUUCAACGUCACAUACCCAUGAUAUUGAUGUGUCAAGAAGUGUCUUCAGCGUACCACCAACCCCAGAAAACAUCCAACGUUUGUGUGAACGGUUCACCCUACCAGUCCUCUAUAGACAUUUUGAUGUGCUUGGUCAUCCAUUUUUCCAAAACGAGGACUUUUGUCGGGCUUUCUUUCCAUCCAUCAUUGAGGCGAAUACCUUUUGGAACACUUUCUGCUGCCUAUGCUGGAAGCAAACGGGGAAAAUACCAAUCCAUGAGCAGAAUGAAACAGGAAGUAGUAUGUUGUCCAAAGUCCUACAAUGUGGAAACGUUACAGCCGGCCGUGUCCUUUUGGAGCAUGGAGCUGAUGUUAACAAAACUGAUGCUGGUGGAAAGACAGUUUUUCACUAUCUGUGUAAGGAAGGCAAUGUCGAUGCGAGUGUUGUAGAACUAAUGAUUCAAAAUGGAGCUGAUGUUAACAAGACUGAUGGUGAUGGAAAGACAGCAUUUCACUAUCUGUGUGGGAGAGGCAAUGUUGAUGCGAGUGUUGUAAAACUAAUGAUACAACAUGGAGCUGAUGUUAACAAGACCGGUUAUGGGGGAAAGAAAGCAUUCCACUAUAUGUGUGAGAGAGGCAAUGUCGAUGCGAGUGUUGUAGAACUAAUGAUUCAAAAUGGAGCUGAUGUUGACAAGACUGAUGAUGCUGGAAAGCCCGCAUUUCACUAUCUGUGUGAGGGAGGCAAUGUUGAUGAGAGUGUUGUAAAACUAAUGAUUCAAAAUGGAGCUGAUGUUAACAAGACUAAUAGGUUUGGAAGAACAGCAUUUCACUAUCUGUGUGGGAGAGGCAAUGUUGAUGCGAGUGUUGUAAAACUGAUGAUACAACAUGGAGCUGAUGUUAACAAGACUGGUUAUGAGGGAAAGACAGCAUUCCACUAUCUGUGUGAGAGAGGCAAUGUUGAUGCGAGUGUUGUAAAACUGAUGAUACAACAUGGAGCUGAUGUUAACAAGAUUAGUAUCUAUGGACAGACAGCAUUUCACUAUCUGUGUAAGGAAGGCAAUGUUGAUGCGAGUGUUGUUGACAGGGAUGCCGAAUCUCCAGAGAUCGAUAUCAGUGUUGAAUCUCCUGAGAUCGAUGUCAGUGCUGUAUCUCCAGAGAUCGAUGUUAGUGCUGAAUCUCCAGAUAUCCAUGUCAGUGCUGAAUCUCCAGAGAUCGAUAUCAGUGUUGAAUCUUCUGAGAUCGAUGUCAGUGCUGUAUCUCCAGAGAUCGAUGUCAGUGCUGAAUCUCCAGAGAUCGAUGUCAGUGCUGAAUCUCCAGAGAUCCAUGUCAGUGCUGAAUCUCCAGAGAUCUAUGUCAGUGCUGAAUCUCCAGAGAUCGAUGUCAGUGCUUAA